AUGUUCUGGAUGGACAAAUGGUCUGGCGAUACCGCGCUUAAAGAUAGAUUCCCCAACCUGUUCAGCAUUGCCAACGCUCAGAUGUGCACGGUGGCUCAGGGGGCCUCACAGCGUUUUCAGCACAUCAACCCUUGGAUUUUCACACUGUUUUCAUCUUGGCCGUUCACUUGUGGCACGGCGCGCGCGUCCUGGUUGGCUGAGAGCCUCCAGGCUCUAAAUUACCGUCUGUCCCUCACGCUAGGAAAGAGUGAUGCAACAACCAUUCCCUACCCGCCUCUGCAUGCGUCCAGGUCCCACGGGCAGUUGGGUCCGCGCGCCAGCCGCUACGGCUACGUGCGUGCUUGGUCGUUCGUCUGCUGGGAUUGCCGCCUCUGCGCGCGGCUGCUUCAUUGGGCCUGCUGUUCGAUUCGUCCCGUGAUUAACGAAUCACGCCUGAUUAAUCCAUUCAACAAUUUUUUUUCCCCAACGAGGAGAUCCAUCCGCCUCGCUUUUCCCUCUCGUUGCUUCGUUCCUCUUCCGUCGCCUCCUCCCCUGCCUCUAGAUCCGCCGUCCUCCCCCGGCUCCGUCCGCCUCAUCGGCCAUGGCCCUGCUUUCUCGUGGGUUUGGUUAAGGUCGUCGCCUUGCUGGAGAUUACCGGGUCAGCUGCCCGCAUCUGGUUGGAAGUUGACUCCUCAGCCUAUUGUUUGCGUCUGCUCCUGGUUAUUUGGUACUGUGAGUUGUUGCUGGGACUCCUUCUUUCUCAGGUUACUUGCUGCUGGUACCUGCUGCUGGACUUGCCUGUCUAGGAUUUCUUGUUUCUCAGGAUGUUCGCCGUCUCCUAUUCUCCUCUGCAUUUGUUGGAGUUGGUCGCUUCUCACUGUCGGUUGUCGUACCAUGCCUACCUGCGUGAGGUGGACGGUGAUGGUUCCGUCCUUGGAGGCGUGGAGCUUGAGAUCGCUGUUGUCCAGCAGGAGCCCGCGCCCACCCGGUUUUUUUUCUGGUCGUCCGUGUCGUCCGGUUCGCAGUCUCCGUUCGAGGAAUCGGCCUUGCAGGCCAUUCGCUUCUUACAGCGUCUGUACGGGUUUGUGAUCCGUGACUUCAAUUACGAGGGGAUGCAGGCCCAUAGGGACCUCGCACGUUCUGCUGUUGUCCUUGCAGUUUCAGUCCUUCGGACGGGUAGUGUUGUGUCUCCUGUUGGUGAUGUCGGUUGUGUAGAUCCUCUUACCGAGUCAUUGUGUCGUCAACUGAUUUGUAAUCAGCUAAUCUCUUCUGUCUGUAACAUGUAGCAUUCUCUGGUUAGGAAACUAUUCAUUUGAUGAUUAUGUAUAAGAGAAUACUUCACUA